AUGGGAAUCAGAGCCUUCGGGACAGGACAGGAAGCUUCGGAUCCUCUCGGGAACAAGACCUUCGGGAGCUUCCGGGAUAACUCGGAGGCAAGUGACUGUACAUACAUACCCAACCAGAAGCAGAAGCACAGCCGCGAGCUGCCCAGAGACAUGAGCCUGACAGAUGAGCUAAAUUACUUCUAUCCUCACUUCGCUGCAAGCAACACCGAAGCAUGCUUGAGAGCACCAACUGUUCCGGGCGACUGUGUGAUCACACUCGCUGUAGCCAACCCGCCAGUUACGACCCCUCCCACCCUCUACACACCCUCUGCAGCAGCCAGUUACGACCCCUCCCACCCUCUACAGCAGCCAGUUACGACCCCUCCCACCCUCUGCAGCAGCCAGUUACAAACCCCUCCCACCCUCUACACACCCUCUGCAGCAGCCAGUUACGACCCCUCCCACCCUCUACACACCCUCUGCAGCAGCCAGUUACGACCCCUCCCACCCUCUGCAGCAGCCAGUUACGACCCCUCCCACCCUCUACACAGCCUCUGCAGCAGCCAGUUACGACCCCUCCCACCCUCUACACACCCUCUGCAGCAGCCAGUUACGACCCCUCCCACCCUCUGCAGCAGCCAGUUACGACCCCUCCCACCCUCUACAGAAGCCAGUUACGACCCCUCCCACCCUCUGCAGCAGCCAGUUACGACCCCUCCCACCCUCUACACACCCUCUGCAGCAGCCAGUUACGACCCCUCCCACCCUCUACACACCCUCUGUAGCAGCCAGUUACGACCCCUCCCACCCUCUACACACCCUCUGCAGCAGCCAGUUACGACCCCUCCCACCCUCUGCAGCAGCCAGUUACGACCCCUCCCACCCUCUACAGCAGCCAGUUACGACCCCUCCCACCCUCUGCAGCAGCCAGUUAAGACCCCUCCCACCCUCUACACACCCUCUGCAGCAGCCAGUUACGACCCCUCCCACCCUCUGCAGCAGCCAGUUACGACCCCUCCCACCCUCUACACACCCUCUGAAGCAGCCAGUUACGACCCCUCCCACCCUCUACACACCCUCUGCAGCAGCCAGUUACGACCCCUCCCACCCUCUACACACCCUCUGCAGCAGCCAGUUACGACCCCUCCCACCCUCUACACACCCUCUGCAGCAGCCAGUUACGACCCCUCCCACCCUCUACACACCCUCUGCAGCAGCCAGUUACGACCCCUCCCACCCUCUACACACCCUCUGCAGCAGCCAAGUAUGUGCCUGGUGGGGUCUGGAGGACCACAGGAGGGAAUGAGAGGAGAGGAGGAAAUCAGGCUUUAUGGCUCCCAUCACAAGAGUGUGCCUCAGAGGGACACGGACACUGACAGCUCUGGGACUGUGAACAUCAGGAAAGCACACCAGGAGUUGUUGGCUGCCAGGAGUGAUAAGUCGCCCCCCAGUCUGGACCCUCCAGCGACACCCUCCAGUCCGGAGCCUCCAGUGUCGCCCUCCAGUCAGGAGCUUCCAGCGACGCCCUCCAGUCCGGAGCCUCCAUCCGGGGCCCACAACGAGGGUGCGCAGUCCGGGGCCCACAACGGUGGUGCCCAGUCCGGGGCCCGCUAUGAGGGUGUACAGUCCGGGGCCCGCUACGAGGGUCCCCAGUCUGGGGUCGGUGGCGAGGGUCCCCGCUCCAGAGGCGCUACCUAA